AUGGCCUACCAAGCAAGCUACUACCAAACCACUUCCCUCCCCAUUCCCGUUCCUACAAAAUCUCAACAAGUUUCCUAUUACACUCCACAAAAUACAACUUAUGGUGUCUCGCCACCAGAAGCUCCAGAAUCUGUCACUACAGGUUCAGGCAUGACGCCUGCAUAUGGACAUUCGACUUACUCUGCUACCUCCAGUAGUUAUGCUGGGAGUGCAAGUGGUGAAUAUGAUAGCACCGCUUCCGCCAAUGGUGUCGAUUUGCAAGAAUAUAUGCAAGAUCGAUUUUCUGGCGCAUUUGAUCCUCUUCCUUUAGAUCGCACUCUAGCAGUUCAAGCACAAACAUCUGGUUUGUUGAACGCAAAACAUAGAGAAAUCAUGGAUUUGCAAGCAUUGGCACAACAACGUCUUGCAAAAACUAGAGCGAGAUUGCAAGAAGGGUAUCAAGAUGCCAAGGAGGUGAAGGCGAAUUUAGAGUGGACUCAACAUCGAAUGGGAGCCAUGAAAACCAAAGUCUCAAAACGACACCCCAAAGAAUACGCACAAGCUCGCGAGCGUUACCCAUCUCCGGAGUACUAA